AGGUCAGACAUCCUUACCAUCGUCGCCCCCAGAAAAACCUUCCAACGCCAGGAAAGAGAGUAUAGUUUUGUUAUAAGAUAUACAAAAUAAUGGCCGCCAACGGAGAGGAACAGCAGACUCAGGCCGGAAGGCAUCAAGAAGUUGGCCACAAGAGCCUUUUGCAAAGUGAUGCUCUUUACCAGUAUAUUCUUGAGACCAGUGUGUACCCAAGAGAGCCUGAAUGCAUGAAGGAGCUUAGAGAGUUGACUGCCAAGCAUCCUUGGAACAUCAUGACCACAUCUGCUGAUGAAGGGCAAUUCUUGAACAUGCUUUUAAAGCUUAUCAAUGCCAAGAACACCAUGGAGAUUGGUGUUUUCACUGGCUAUUCUCUCUUGGCCACUGCUCUUGCUAUCCCUGAGGAUGGAAAGAUCUUGGCUAUGGACAUCAACAGAGAAAACUAUGAACUGGGUCUCCCGGUGAUUCAGAAAGCUGGUCUGGAACACAAGAUUGAGUUCAAGGAAGGCCCUGCUCUGCCAGUUCUCGAUCAAAUGAUUGAAGAUGGAAAGUACCAUGGAACUUAUGACUUCAUCUUUGUGGAUGCUGACAAGGACAAUUAUAUUAACUACCACAAGAGGUUGAUUGAGCUUGUCAAAGUCGGAGGGUUGAUUGGGUAUGACAACACCCUGUGGAAUGGAUCUGUGGUGGCACCAGCCGAUGCGCCGAUGAGGAAGUAUGUGAGGUACUAUAGGGACUUUGUUCUGGAGCUCAAUAAGGCACUUGCAGCUGACCCCAGGAUUGAAAUUUGCAUGCUUCCUGUUGGUGAUGGUAUCACUCUCUGCCGUCGGAUCAAGUGAGGGGCUGCAUUCCCUGCCUAUAUUAUAUAUAUAUCAAAUGUUGACCAUUGAUUUGGUCACUUGCAAAAACAAGUGAUGUGUAAUAAAAGAGAUUUUACCGACCUCGCUUAUAUUUUGUACCUGAAAGAAUGGUGAAUGGCCGAGAAACUCCAUUCUUGAAUUUCUGUCAAAGUGGAUUUUUUACGCACUUAAUCCAUAUUGUUCUUUAACCAAGUA